GCUGUCAAAGCAGCUCAUUUUCCUCUGCGCGCACACUUCCCAACCAAGCUCCGCCUCGGGGACGUGCAUACUCAUAGACGUUCCUGGAGCCAGGAAAAAAAAAGGGGGUGAAGAAGAUGGCGGACGUGGAGGAACAGUUGUCUGAUGAAGAGAAGGUACGUGUAGCAGCAAAGUUUAUCAUUCAUGCUCCGCCUGGUGAAUUCAACGAAGUGUUUAAUGAUGUUCGAUUCCUGCUUAACAAUGAUAACUUGCUCAGGGAAGGUGCGGCUCACGCCUUUGCACAGUACAACUUGGAUCAGUUUACCCCAGUAAAAGUUGAUGGCUAUGAGGAACAGGUACUAAUAACUGAACAUGGCGAUCUUGGUAAUGGAAGGUAUUUGGACCCAAAAAACAAGAUCUCUUUCAAGUUUGAUCACUUAAGAAAGGAAGCAAGUGAUGCAAGACCUUCAGAAGUUGAAAAUUCAAUUGAAUCUUGGAGAAGUGCUGUUGAUUCUGCAAUUAGAUCCUAUGUAAAAGAUCAUUACCCAAAUGGAGUGUGCACUGUGUACAGUAAAAUAAUUGACGGACAGCAAACCAUUAUUGCAUGUAUAGAAAGUCAUCAAUUUCAAGCUAAAAAUUUUUGGAAUGGACGCUGGAGGUCAGAAUGGAAGUUUACGAUUACACCUUCAACAACAAAAGUGGUUGGCAUUUUAAAAAUUCAGGUUCAUUAUUAUGAAGAUGGUAAUGUUCAACUUGUGAGCCAUAAAGAUAUAGAAGAGUCGCUAACUGUGUCUAAUGAAGUCCAAACUGCUAAAGAAUUUAUUAAAAUUAUAGAGGAUGCAGAAAAUGAAUAUCAGACUGCAAUCAGUGAGAAUUACCAGACUAUGUCGGACACUACUUUUAAAGCCUUACGUCGGCAGCUGCCAGUUACACGCACAAAGAUUGACUGGAACAAGAUUCUUAGUUACAAAAUUGGAAAAGAGAUGCAGAAUGCUUAAAGUGAACAUUGCAUGACUGGAUCAUUUUACUGUAUGUGCAUACAAAUAAAGAUGAUUGCGAAGUAUUCAGAACUGCCAAGUUGCCCAGUCAGCAUGGCCUUUUCCUAUUAAUAAGGAAUCAAUAUAAUUUAAAAUGAUUGGCCUACAGCACAAGAUUUAAUUAAUCAACAAUUUGGUUUAUUUUCUUUUUAAAAAAUUUUUUGUUGGGCUUUAUUUUUCCUUAACAUAUUGCACUUGUAUGAAGCAUAUUCAUGUUUGAUUAACUGGAUGUGUCCAAAUUGUAGUCUGUUUGUAAAAUAUAUGUAUGAUAUCUAUAUAUAUAAUUUUACACACACCCAAGCGUGCACUUGAUAAUGCAUGAAUAUGUAGAAGGUAGUUUUUUUUUGUUUUUUUUUAAAUGAAUUAAUUGGUUUCAAGAGACCUUUCUAGGUUUUACCCCUUUUAGUGCCAUUCUGGUAUGAAACCUAUUUUUUUCUCUUAGUUUCAGGUCCUAAAAGGACACAGAAGGUGUUGAUUUAUCCUCGUUUAGCCAUAUGAAAUAGACUUAUCCAAUGAUUGAUUGUUUAUAAAACACUUUUUUUUAGUGUUGCCUGUACUAAAGUCCUUGAGAGCUUUAGAGUACAUUUAUUUUGAUAGCUCUAUUUAAUAAACCCUUUUUUAAAAAAAAUAAUAAUAAAAACAAACAAAUGUAAGUAGAAGGUCUAAUGCUAUUUGGGAGUUCAUAGAGUCAGCCAUUGCUUGAAUAUAUAUAUAAUGCUUUUUUUUGUUUUCCUGUGAAAGCUAUUUAAAUUAGCUUGAAAAUCCAUCUGCCGAUAACUUCUUAUUUUUAUUAUACAGCCUCCAAUGUAAUAUAACAAGGCAAAUUUGUAAUAUAUAUAUAAUCCUGUACUCAUCAUGUCUGUUUAUUUUUCUGCAAUUGAAAUGUACUCAGUUCAAUGUGACAUUAAAUGCAGAUUUUCUAUUUCUUUGACUAGCAUGUGAUUGUGACAUGCGCUGCACUGUUUCAUAAUUAAAACAGAAUGGAGAAGUGUUAAAAAAAAAAAAAUCCUUUAAACUAAUUUUAUGCUAAUUAAAUAGGCAACUUGACAUUA